GAUGUCAACUUCAAAGAAAAAACAACGGUUCUGCCCUUGGCCUUCACAUAUGGUCUCCCAUUGGCUCCAUUCUUUGCACCUGUUAAGGAUUUCCACCAAUCACAUAUCCCGGUUUCUGAUGUUCAAGAUGGCGACCUCCUGUUCACUAUUUUAUGCGCUUCUAAGGCUCUGAGUAAAUAUUAUCGCAUACUUUAUCACAUAAAAUUUCAGACAUUUGUAAACGUUAAGGACAAAGUUGCCCUAUGUUAUCGAUAGUAAUACAUUUAGUUGGUUUUCCAAUGCUAACCAUCGACGUUGUCCCGAGUCUUGUGUCACACUGAAGGGGGAGACAGUAUUUUCGGUAUGGCUACCGACAGCAGAAUACAUUUUUGGAAGCGAAACACGAAGGUGCCGGGGAGUCUACAGCCUGUAUAUGGCGCUCAGCACCCUCCUUUGGAUCCGCGGAUCCCCCGAGCGUUUCUCAAAGACACUCCAAAGUCGAACAGCACUCAGAAUGUCAAAUCCAAGAAGGCCUCAAGCUUCCUCGAGUUUGCACGGAGCACCAACGACGCCUGGGAUAUCGAUGACGAGGAGGAUGAAGACCUCCUCAUGGGCGCUGCACCUCCUGCCCCCGUGCCCCACUCUCGACCCACAGUCCCCACCUUUCUCCCCACCCAACCUGACAGUGACUCUGAGUCCCACCCCUCAGAUACGCUGGGGCCACUCAGGAGCGAGCCGUGUCAUGACCAACAGAUGAGUGACGACAGGUCGACCAAUGGGAGGGUGGUGAGGUCCAAUAGUGAGGCCCAGCUAAACACCUCUUCAGUUCGCUCCAGCCUGCAGAAGCAGCAGUCUCUGCCGGUACGGCCCAUAGUCCCUCUGGUGGCACGCAUCUCUGACCAGAACUCCUCUGGUGCGCCGCCCAUGACCAUACGGGAGAAGACCCGUCUGGAUAAGUUCCGGCAACUUCUGGCCAGCCCCAACACCGACCUAGAGGAGCUUCGAACACACAGCUGGUCGGGGAUCCCCCGGGAGGUGCGGCCAAUCACCUGGAGGCUGCUAUCGGGUUACCUCCCUGCCAACAUGGAGCGCAGAGAACAGGUGCUUCAACGGAAGAGGGACGAGUACUUUGGCUUCAUCGAGCAAUACUACCACUCUCGCACAGACGAGCACCACAGAGACACCUACAGACAGAUCCACAUCGAUAUUCCAAGGACAAACCCACUAAUCCCGCUCUUCCAGCAGGCCCUGGUGCAAGAGGUGUUCGAGAGGAUCUUGUUCAUCUGGGCCAUACGUCAUCCUGCAAGUGGUUACGUGCAGGGCAUCAACGACUUGGUCACCCCCUUCUUCGUUGUGUUCCUGUCGGAGUUUGUGGAGGAGGAUGUGGAAAAUUUUGAGAUGUCUGGCCUGUCACUGGACACUCAACGGAAUAUCGAAGCAGACAGCUUCUGGUGCAUGAGCAAGCUUCUGGACGGCAUACAGGAUAACUAUACGUUCGCACAGCCUGGCAUUCAGAUCAAAGUGAAGGCCCUGGAGGAGCUGGUCAGCAGAAUCGAUGAGGACAUCCACAACCACUUCCAGAAGUGCGAGGUGGAGUACCUGCAGUUUGCCUUCCGCUGGAUGAACAACCUCCUGAUGAGGGAGCUGCCUCUGCGCUGCACCAUACGCCUGUGGGACACGUACCAGGCCGAGUCAGAGGGAUUCUCUCAUUUUCACCAGUACGUCUGCGCUGCCUUCCUCAUCAAGUGGCGCAAAGAAAUCCUCUCCAUGCUAGACUUCCAGGGUCUCCUCAUGCUUCUCCAGAACCUACCUACAAUCCACUGGGGCAACGAGGAAGUGGGUCUGCUCCUGGCCGAAGCCUACAGACUCAAGUACAUGUUUGCGGAUGCCCCCAAUCACUACCGGAGAUAAGUCCCUAUACGGUGGCACAAUGGCAUGGACCUGGAAGCUUGAAGUUUUUUUUUUAUUUUGACUGACAAACCCUUAGAAUUGACUGAUGUGUUAGCGAACUAGAGCUGGUACGGGUAAAAGAGGGGGCAUAGGGGGUACCUCAACACUCCUGUCAGCUGUACUAUCUUCCCCCUCCCUCCUUCCCUUCCCCCCGUAGAUGUGCCCCAUGUGAAUUUAAUGCAGCUGAAUCUGUCAUGUCAACGUCAGGAGAGCAGCGCAGUGCGGAGACGAGGGCAGAGUGUUCUCUCUUGUCGAUACUCCCUCCCCCACCCCACCCCCCCACCGCGACGACCAACGGCCACCCACCAACGUGUGUGA